AUGAAGCCAUAUCUCAUUUUCCUAUCUUUCUUGGCGAGCCUACCAUUAGUGUAUGGCCUCUACGAUGAUGUGCCAGACUGCGCACUACCCUGCCUAUUCGAACCGCUCGACUACACAGCAUGCCAGUUCAGUAAUUCGACAUGUCUCUGCGAAGACAUGAACUACAAUAUGGCUGUGAUUCAUUGCGUUCGGAUUCAAUGUAGCGUGCAGCAGGCCCUGAUUACGAAGAAUCGAACAUGGCAAGACUGCGGAUUCGCAUAUCACGACGAGGAAGUAUCCAUCGCCUGGGUUCCGUCAUUCCUCUUCGGGAUGGUAACACUAUUUUUCGCCAUGCGGCUGGCGACGAAAUGGAUAGGUUUAGCAACGUGGGGGUUGGACGAUACAACCAUUACCUUUGCAUACGUAAUGAUGAUUGCAUUCUUGGUCGCCACACAUCUUGGAAGGCAAGAGGGAUUCGGAAAAGACAUUUGGACGCUCACGGUGGAUCAGAUUACAAAUUUUAUCAGAGGCUUCUUCGCUUUUGAGAUUGUCUACUCCGUGACCCUUGCCGUCAUCAAAGCGUCGAUACUAUUCCUCUACCUACGCAUCUUCGGAGCACUCACCGAAACUUUCCGCCGAAUCUUGUGGGCGACGCACGCCUUCAAUGUCGUUGUAUGCGUCACAUUUGUCAUUGUCAACUUGAACCAAUGCAAACCUCUCAGCUAUUUUUGGUUUGGAUGGGAUGGCAGACAUCCCGGUUAUUGCAUCGACUUGUCCGCCAUGGCCCUCUCUCAUGCGGCCAUCAACAUCGCCCUCGAUCUCUGGAUGCUGGUUUUGCCAGCCACGCAGAUCUACAAGCUCAACCUGCAGAAGAGGCAAAAAGCCGGUAUUAUGUCCAUGUUUGGCGUUGGUAUUUUCAUCACUAUUGUCAGCUGUGUUCGCCUGCGCAGUGUAGCACAGUUUAACAAAUCAUGGAACCCAACCUACGACUUCUUUGGCCUGGCCCUCUGGUCUCAUAUUGAGCUUUGCGUUGGAACUAUUGUAGCAUGCAUGCCAGCAGCCCGAGCCCUCGUCCGACGACUCUUCCCUGAGCUCCUCUACGUCACCAACAUCUCCACGAAUAGAACUUCCACCAGAGCUUCCGGCAACGUCAAGAUUGUGUCCCAGGACAUUGCAACCAUUGCCACAGAUGACAUCCCCGAGAGUUCGACAACGAACUCUACGAAAAAGGAUUCGCUCGCCACCUUGAUUCCCGACCGAGUCCCGCUGAGGCGACUGACUACGAGCGAUAGCUUGCUUCAGGUUUCUCAUAGUGAUAUUGAUCGCUCGUCGAACGGAGGCUCACAGAAAGGAAGCAAACUAAGUGAUUGGUAA